AUGAAACCCUCGAACGCGAAUUCGCUGCACUUUCAGCUUUUCACCGUACUCACAUACCAUCACAUCAAAAUGCUUGAAGCUCGCCUAGAACAAGCCAGUCUCCUGAAGCGCGUCGUCGACGCCAUCAAGGACCUGGUCCAAGACUGCAACUUCGACUGCAAUGACUCCGGUAUCUCACUUCAGGCCAUGGACAACUCCCAUGUCGCUCUUGUCUCCAUGAUGCUCAAGGCCGAGGGAUUCUCCCCCUACCGUUGCGACCGUAACAUUGCCCUCGGUAUCAACCUGGUCUCCCUGACCAAGGUCCUGCGUGCCGCCCAAAACGAAGAUAUCCUCACUCUCAAGGCUGAGGACUCUCCCGAUGCCGUCAACCUGAUGUUCGAGAGUGCCGAGACGGAUAGACUUAGCGAGUAUGAUAUCAAGUUGAUGGACAUUGACCAGGAGCACCUGGCCAUCCCGGAGACAGAGUACGCUGCUACGGUAGAGAUGCCGGCAGCAGAGUUCCAGCGUAUCUGCAGGGAUCUGAAUGCUCUCUCUGAGUCCGUCGUCAUUGAGGCCACGAAGGAGGGUGUCAAGUUCUCCUGCCAGGGUGACAUUGGCAGUGGCUCCGUCACCGUCCGUCAGCACACCAACGUCGAGAACCCCGCACAGAACGUUUCCAUCUCCCUCACCGAACCCGUCGCCCUCACUUUCUCCCUCAAGUACCUCGUCAACUUCUGCAAGGCCACCAACCUGUCGAACAAGGUCACCCUGUGCCUGUCGCAGGAGGUGCCGCUCCUCGUUGAGUAUGGCCUUGGCAGCGGUCAUCUGAGAUUCUACCUGGCUCCUAAGAUUGGCGAUGAGGAGUAA